AACAAUGACCACGUACUUCUGCCUCCUAGUCUCUGUCUUGAUCGGCAAGAACUACGCAGAGAUGACCUGUCAAACUGUCCAGCAGAAGAACACUGCCACGCUGAGUUGUGGCCACUCUGAAGGAAAUGUAACAUGGAGCAGAGACCAAAAUGGAGGAAGAGUUGACAUUCUGACUGUGAGAAAAGGACAGGACAGCGAGGACAAACACAUUUCUGACCCAGGCAAACGUUUUAGUUCAGGGGCAGACAAAUCACUGAAAAUGUUUAAAGUGAUUUCCUCAGACAGUGGGGUGUACUACUGCAACGGUGAACCAGUGGUGAAUCUGACAGUGACAUCAGAAACAGUCCCAGAAGAACAUCAGAAGAGAACAUGUGGUCCUAAAAGUCCACCAACUCAAAAUGUCACCAUGACUCCUCACACCACUGAGAACCCAACUACAAGAGUUAAGAACACAGAUAUCGCCACGAGCCCUCACACCACUAAGAACCCAACCACAAGAGUUAAGAACACAGGUCAUUGGCAACUGCCUGUGGGUGUAACCACUGGAGGACUGGUUCUGGUUCUGGUUCUGUUGCUGGUGGGGUUCCUCAUUAGAAGACGCUGGGCUCAGAAAGCAGAGGGUGACAGAGAUAGACGGUUAGACCACGUCUAUGCAGAAAUAUCAGAUGUGACUCAACAACCAAAGGAUGAAUCUUGUGAGUGUGACAGAAAAGUUCUCUUUCUUUCUUUACUGAAUUCUUUAUAGGCUCUGUUUUACUUUUAUAUAUAAAAAGGUUUCCCUUUCACCAGGUCCUUCAAGUCCUAAAGAACAUUCUGUCUACAAUCUGGCUAGUGCACAAAGUACACAGGAAGGUCAUUUAUUUUAAAUGUGUCUUUCCUUUAUAGAAUGCCUCCAUAGUACAUUAACUAGCUUUCUUCACUCUUUUCUGUAUAUAAAAUACAUUUGUGUUUUUUUCUAUUUUACUUCUAAUUCCAGUUAUUAGUAUGGACCCCAUAUAUCACACAAUCCAGGACCCUAACAUUACAACAAAUCUCAGCAAUGGGGAAAACCCUUACUUCUUGGCCCAGAAUCCAGAUGUUCCUGAGACCAUCUUUGACUAGAUCUUCUCUUCUGUUCUCUAUCAUCUACAGUGUUUGAUGAUCCAUUUGGUGUACAUAUAUUAAUGACAUACAUCAUCCUAAUUUUCUCAUCCAAAUAUUUAUAGUGCUUAGACCUGAUCAUUAUAGCAUUAAAAAAAUGCUGAUGUACAUUGGAGACUGCAUUAUAGCAUAUUGUUUCAUAAAAAACAAUUAUUUUGCACUUUUUUGUGUUGAAAUUGGAUUUCAUUAGAUCUGCACAACACAUAAAAAUCUGCUAAUCUUGCACUGACUCAAGCUAGUUUACACUUUGUGUCUUCCGUGGCUUCUGAACUGGUGAAAGUAACAUAAUGCAGUCAGAGUAGAUUCGAGGGCUGAGGAAACGUGUUCAGUAUGAGAUUCUUUACUACAUAGUCCAAGUUAAAACUAAUUUAUUCACAUUGACAGCUGGAUCUUUGGCAUGUAAAAUCAAUUCAAUUAGAGCAGUGUCCCUUCGUGAAUAAAUCGUCAUGAUCACAAUUGUAGCAAAAUAUGUUUCUGAAGUUUGCAGCGUAUUCAGACAUGGCAUUUUACGUGAUUAGGCCCAUACUAAAUAUAGUAUGGUUCUAAAUAUUACAGUACUUAUUUACUCGGUUUCAAGAAACGUUAAAGUUUGACAUUCCUUUGCAACAU